AUGUAUCCCUCAAGCGGUGCGCCAAUGGCUCAACCACAAAAGCCCGAGACCUUUAUGCUUUCGAAUGAGGCGCAACAAAGCUUGCCCCAGGACGCGCAAGUCGCUCUGCAGCAAGUCGACAAUCUGAAAUACUUUCUCAUUUCUGCGCCUGUGGAUUGGAGUCCAGACUCUCUUAUUAGGAGAUUCCUCCUUCCCACGGGCGAAUACGUUUCCUGCGUCCUUUGGAACAAUCUCUUUCACAUAUCCGGUACAGAUAUCGUGCGAUGUCUGUCUUUCCGGUUCCAAGCCUUUGGCCGACCUGUCAAGAAUCCUAAGAAAUUCGAAGAAGGCAUUUUUUCGGACCUGCGAAACUUGAAAUCCGGGACUGAUGCUUCUCUGGAAGAGCCCAAAAGCCCCUUCUUGGAUUUCUUGUAUAAGAACAACUGCAUUCGAACGCAAAAGAAGCAAAAGGUGUUUUAUUGGUACAGCGUACCUCAUGAUCGCCUGUUUCUGGACGCUCUUGAGAGAGAUCUCAAGCGCGAAAAGAUGAACCAGGAAGCCACCACAAAGGCAGUUGCAGAGCCAGCGCUCUCGUUCGAGUUUGACUCGUCUCAGUCACUCUUUGAGCAGCUCACCAAGGCCCAACAAGCCAGCUCGUCCUCUUUCGCGACCGCCAAUGCCAAUGUCACUUAUUCACAAUCAACUUCCCCUGUCCUUCGAGCGGCAGACUCUAUGCCCCCUCCGCAAAUGGCGCCUCAUAUGCCACGAUCUCAGGAACAGCCGCAAUCCAUAUAUACUAGCAUGGCUAUGCAGAACAAUGUGUCCAACACCAUCUCAACGACAGCGAUGUCGCGUGAGCAGGACUUCUCCCACGUCGCCUACGACCGAAAUGGUGUUGCCUAUGAUCGUGCUCAUAUUCGUCAUGCCUCUAUGCCAGCAUAUAUGGAAUACUCUCCGGCGCCGUCCUUCGUGUCUUCGCAUUUUGAAGACUACAGUACAAGAGGUCUCUCGUACGAGCCUAUCACUCCGCCUCAACAUGCGGUUCCGGCCGGCGCAGAGCCAGCUUACAUUGCCAACGAAGAUACCGGCCUCUAUUCUGCUAUCCCUGAAAUGCAGCCUAUGCCGGCAUAUAACCCAAUGGCUUCGCUACCACCGUCCACAAUGGCAGGCCCGACUUAUGCAACCGCACCACGUGCUUUUCCCGGUGCCAAUGUCUAUUCGGUGAUCGAGGGCUCUCCCACUUACAAAGCACGGAGACGACGAUCCUCGAUCCCCUCAUCCAUCAUGAAUGCCGUGGCUGCAAAUGCUGUUGCUCAAGUCACUCAUGGCAUGAAAGCUCAUGUCCCCCAAAGGCCGAGUGACCUUCGACGAUCAAUGUCAAGUUCAGUCCUUCCCAUCGCAGAGGGUGAUGAGUCAGCCGGUCAAUCUCCACCAGGGCUUGCUCAUAGCUAUGCAUCUUCGGUCGUCAAUCGAGAUCACCUCAAUGAUUUCUCCCGACAUACUACUCCAUUGCCCAGCCUUGAGGAAGACCCGUCGAAUUCAAUGGGGCUUGUGACUGGCGCUGAAACUAUGCCCGCUCUCACUGGAGAGGAUCUGCCUCCUUCAUCAAUGCAGCCCAGCCCUGCAGUCCGGUUGGAAAGACCAGGCCCGGUCCGAAGAGCACGAAGUGCAACCAUGAUGGAGCUUGGUGUACCAUAUAAGUCACAUUCAUGUCCAAUCCCCAGUUGUGGUCGACUUUUCAAGCGCCUUGAACAUCUCAAGCGCCAUGUUCGAACUCACACUCAGGAACGCCCUUACGUGUGUCCGUACUGCAACAAGGCCUUCUCACGAUCUGACAACCUCGCUCAGCACCGUCGUACUCAUGAAUCCCAACAAGAUGGUCAACCAGCUCCAGUGACCAGUGAGGAGGAGUUGGAAAAUGAAGAAAACGAGUUCGGUUCAAUCGAUGAACUCUCCUCCCCUGAUGAAGCUACCCGUCCCACGAGUGGUUCCGGGAUGAUGGCCAUAUCUAUGCCACCGCCAUCGACACUCGUUAUGCAACCAAUGUCGCAACCAAUGAUGGCACCUAGUCAACUUGUUCAACCUUCCAUGUUGCAGAAUCUGUAG